AUGAAUUUGAUCGUUGGCAAUAGCAUCGAAAUUAAUCCAUUAGAUAAUCCAGCCAAUGAGAUGCCUAAAAAAUAUUGCACACAUUACCUUUAUUGGUCUUCGUCGACGAGUUCACCUGGUGUCAUAACUGCCAACUUGCUUUGGAAAUCGUUGCAUGUGAUGCGAAAAUACACUACUGAAUCAGAGAAAACGUUAUGUCCAGAAACUUUAAUAAAUCUUAAUAAUACCACUGCGAAACUAUCAAAUUAA